CCCCAAGCCCUUCUUACUUGCAUCAGAACCUAAUUAAUGGUGAGAUUCAUGCUCUUUCUGGUUGCUAUAAAUUAAGACUGAGGGGCAGUGCUAUUUAGACAAUGCACAAAGCAGUGAAACACUUGAAAUAUUUGUUCUCUGUGCUAUCUUUUGAUCAUGUCUAAAUGCAAUUCUUCAGUUGGCAAAACCCCUUCUCUGAUCUCCAUCGUGUUUCUACUUGGGCAGCUCAUGAUGAUAACCCUUCAAACAGCAGAUGCCCAAAUUGGUGUAUGCUAUGGAAUGCUUGGCAACCUACCACCUCAAAGAGAUGUUGUUGCUCUUUACAAACAAUACAACAUUCGAAGGAUGCGACUCUAUGAUCCAAACCAAGCCGCUCUCGCUGCCCUGAGGGGCUCUAACAUCGAGCUCAUUCUCGGCGUCCCAAACGACAACCUUCAAACCAUUGCCUCAAGCCAGGCCAAUGCAAAUUCAUGGGUUCAAAACAAUGUCCGAAACUACGGCGAUGUAAGAUUCAAGUACAUUGCUGUCGGAAACGAAGUCCAGCCAGGAGAAUCAUCUGCACAGUUUCUAGUCCCGGCCAUGCGAAACAUUCAAACCGCAAUUUCCAAUGCUGGUCUUGGCAACCAAAUCAAAGUUUCCACAGCCAUCGACACCAGAGGACUCGGAGUAUCGUACCCUCCCUCAAAAGGUUCCUUCAAGUCUGAAAAUAGAGCGCUGCUUGAUCCCAUUAUUCGCUUCUUAGUGGAGAAUAGAUCUCCAUUGCUGGUUAACCUGUACCCGUAUUUUAGUUACAAGGACAACACCGGUGCCAUUCGUCUCGAUUAUGCUCUCUUCACAGCUCCAUCGGUUGUUGUACAAGAUGGCCAACUUGGUUAUCGUAAUCUUUUCGAUGCCAUUUUGGACGCUGUGUAUUCUGCUCUUGAGAAGGCCGGUGGAGGGUCUUUGGAAAUUGUUGUAUCGGAGAGCGGCUGGCCAACGGCCGGUGGAACAGCAACUACUGUUGACAAUGCAAGGACUUACAACUCAAACUUGAUUCAACAUGUCAAGGGUGGGACUCCGAAAAAGCCCGGGAGGCCCAUAGAAACUUACAUAUUUGCCAUGUUCGAUGAGGAUAGGAAAAAUCCAGAGCUUGAGAAACAUUGGGGGCUGUUUUCCCCGAACAAACAACCAAAAUACCCUAUCAAUUUCAAUUGAUCUAAUAGCUAGUUAAGUCUCUCGUGGCAAUAAGGGCAAUUGUGGUUUGCAGUAUCUGACCACUAAAUAAAAGACUACAUGUGCUGAUGUGCAGUCAGAAUUAUGUAUGUGCCCAAACAAUGCCCUCAGGUAGAGCAAUCACUAAAUAAGAUUAUUUCCAAUUCAUGAUGGGGAUAUAUUGAAUGUUUUUUUAAUAUAUAAGAGAAUUCCAACAAUGU